UUUCUGCGCGUGAAAAGAAGGACACUGGAAAUACCCAAAAGGACAACCCCCCGCUGUCGUUGGUGCUACGGAGAACCGGCAAGCGCAGCGCAUUUUUCGGUUUUCUCAAUUCCGUUUCGAAAUUCAACGCGGGGUCUAACGUUGACCUUGCAGAUUUAAGGAAUUUCCCGUGUUACCCGUCGCAUUCGAAAUUUUCCAAAGAAAGCGUCGUUACUCGUCUACAGAAUAGACCAGAAUAGGUGUGCGCGUAUAUAUAGGAAACCGGAAUGGACCGAUCUUGCACAGUUUACCAUGAUUUCGGCAAGCAUCCGUUCGUUUUUCUUCGUCGUCGUUGUUGUUCUAACGUUGUGCAGCAAUGUUCACUGCAAUCCGUGUAAAAUUAUCGGUAGAUCGGGUUCGUACGAGAAAGGCAUUGACGCGAAUCGUUAUAACAUUACCAGGAUGGGCCAUUUUCCUGUAACGGAAGAUGAGUUGAACACGCACAGGAUAGCCGGUGGAAGGUACGCGAGAAAAAAUCAAUUUCCUUUUAUGGCCGUGGUGCAUCGACUGAUGGGUGGAGGAAUGAUUGCACAGUGCGGUGGUACUAUUAUUUCUCAUAGAUGGGUACUGACCGCUGGCCAUUGUGUAGCAAACGAGCCGCGACAAUUCUUCGUAGUAUUCGGGGAUAUCGAUAAAUCGCGCGUCGGAUACAGUUUCUAUCAAGGACCUGGAAUUUCGAUGAUGACGAACGUAGGAGCCCUUCACCCUGAUUAUUCACCGACCGUAAACGAUGUUGGCCUGUUAUACAUGCCGCAGGACAUUCCGUUCGGUGUGGCUAUUCAACCUAUCCAAUUGGCGGGAAAUAACGAAAUCGAAGAAAGUUUCGACGGUAAAAUGGGAACUGUUAUCGGAUGGGGAAAAGAUCGAUCGAAAGGCACGGGAACGAGGAGAUUGAAAUUCGCGACUCUACCGAUUAUUUCGAAUUCCGAAUGUAGUAUGUCGUGGAGCAUAACGCCGAAGAAACACGUGUGCACGGCAGCCGGGUACAAGCAGGACGCUUGUCAGGGUGAUAGCGGCGGACCUUUAAUUGCAUUUGAUGGCGGUGUUCCCCUUCAAGUCGGAAUCGUGAGCUACGGUGACACAAAUUGUCCCAGUAGCAGGCCUGGUGUGUUUUCUAGAGUCACUGGGUACAUCGACUGGAUUCAGGAAGUUACAGGACUUCAUUUUACAUUCACCGCGGGCAAUUUUCACGAAUGUUCGAGAUGCCAUAAAUACCGAGGAAAUGCUCAUGUUUUGGUCAGUUCCACGAUGAAUUCGAAAAAUACGCCGACGUUUCUAUUCGCUUGCUGCUUUCUGACACUUUGUCCAGGUGUUUACAGUCAUAUAAAAAAAAAUGGUCUCGAUAAAGAAGUCGUAUCUAACAGUACGCAGAUUAAAAAAGAUUCUGAGCCGUCGUCCCCCGUGUCGAAACUCUUCUUUCCUUCCUUUACGUACGAUACGGAUAGAAUAGCCGGUGGUUUCUAUGCUGUGAACGAACAGUUCCCCUUUAUGGCGGUCGUGCAUCGAUUAUUACCAAACGGGGCGACUUCCCAGUGUGGCGGCACCGUAAUUUCGAAACGAUGGGUUCUAACGGCUGGCCACUGCAUAGGCUCCGGUUUCCCGCGUAAAUUCUUUGUUGUUUUUGGCAUCGUCAAUAAAUCAGGCAUAGGGUACGAUUCUAACAAUGGGCCUGGUGUCUCGAUGACUACGUCACACGCCGUUGUUCAUCCAAAACAUGAUUACAACAAGAACGACGUCGGAUUGUUAUACAUGCCGCAGGAUAUACCGUAUAGUCAAAAAAUUCAACCGAUACGGCUGGCCUGUUACCACGAGACGAGAGAUGCUUUCGACGGCUUGACUGGCUAUGUAGUGGGGUGGGGAAAGGACGGCCAGGUCAGCAGAGGUACAAAGGCCCUAAAGUAUGCUCUGCUACCUAUUAUCGCCAACGAUUAUUGCAGCAAAUUCUGGCAAAUAGAUGAAAGGAAUAUAUGCACGGCAAAUGGUCUCGGGCAGAACGCCUGCCAGGGCGAUAGCGGCGGUCCCUUGCUUAUCAUGAGGAACAAUGCACCGAUUCAAGUUGGUAUCGUUAGUUUUGGCGAUGGUAAUUGUCCUAGUGGAAGACCAGCAGUUUUCACAAGAGUAACAACAUUCAUGCCAUGGAUCGAAGAAGUUACUGGAAUACGAUGCCAAUAAUAGUUACAAUUCAAAGAAGUGUAAUAUUUUGAUAAUAAGUGUACUCAAAUUAAAUAACAAUUGUAUAAACACUGUAUAAAUACUUGUAUAACACUGAAUACAUUUAAGGUCUAUUUACACAUAACCGUAACGUGUCAGUUCCGUAUCCGUACUGCAUCAAUAACGUCACGGAGCGGUGUGGGACGUGUGCGAACAUGCCCAUUCAAAAACAACAGAAGAAUAUUUAAAAUCACUGAUACUGAUGGAACAUUAUGCAACUGACACGUUACGGAUAUGUGUAAAUAGACCUUUACUUUACGACUUUCCAAACGUAACCAUUCUUCGAUCUUCGUUACAGAAUUAAAGUAAUCCUGUAUGAAAAAUUGUGACGUCAAUUGACAAUAAAGAAAGACACGCAUGGUCGAUAAAUGUAAUUCUUUUUUUCUCGAAAGCAGAGCUGUUCCUUUGAAAGUCUGUUGGCUCUUAAAAGAACCGUUUACUUAGCGUAUCUCCUCUUUUUAUCUGUUUAACAAUAACACACAGAACACGUAAAAUCCACAAUUCGAGCACAGAAACUUGAACGUUUGAUUUAUUCUCUAUUUCUUUGCAAGUUCUGUGCAAUUUCCCGAACAAGCUGUUUAAAAGAUUCCCUAGAUAUCAAUAAUUUCGCACUUUUUUGAUAACGACGUAUCUCCUUUAUCGAUUUGUCCUUGGACCGUUUCUCAAGUUUUUUCUUUACGUUGUCGCACUGAUUUAUGCGCGCCAUUUCACCGAACAAUAGAACCGUCCGCCCUUCUGCUCGCAAUGAA